CCCUACAGCAUUCCUCCGGGAAUGGCCUCCCUCCCCCUCCACACUCAUUCCCUCCCCCUUCCCGCCCCUGCAUGACCGCUCUGUCCCUCAAUACAGAGUGGAUGCAGACACUGUCAGGAGAGUGGAGGAUCCAAAAUCAGGACCUAAGAAAUGUGGUUCCUGUACCUCCUAGUGCCGGUCCUGUUCUGCAGGGUGGGCGGCUCCAUCCACACCCCUCAGAAGCUCUUUGGGGAGGUGACUUCCCCUCUGUACCCCAAGCCUUACCCCAACAACUUUGAGACAACCACUGUGAUCACAGUUCCUGUGGGAUACAGGGUGAAGCUGGUCUUCAGGCAGUUUGACCUGGAGCCUUCGGAAGGCUGUUUCUAUGACUACGUCAAGAUCUCUGCUGACAAGAAAACGCUGGGAAGGUUCUGUGGGCAACUGGGUUCUCCACUGGGCAACCCCCCGGAAGCGAGGGAAUUUAUAUCGCAAGGGAACAAGAUGCUGCUCACCUUCCACACGGACUUCUCCAAUGAGGAGAGUGGCACCAUCAUGUUCUACAAGGGCUUCCUGGCCUACUACCAAGCUGUGGACCUCGAUGAAUGUGCUUCCCAGCGCAACACAGCUGAGGAGAACCUGCAGCCCCUGUGCCAGCAUCUGUGUCAUAACUAUGUUGGCGGCUACUUCUGUUCCUGCCAUCUGGGCUACGAGCUGCAGCAGGACAGGCAUUCCUGCCAGGCCGAGUGCAGCAGUGAGCUGUACACAGAGCCGUCGGGCUACAUCUCUAGCCUGGAGUACCCCCAGCCCUACCCGCCCGACCUGCGCUGCAACUACAGCAUCCGUGUGGAGCGUGGCCUCACCCUUCACCUCAAGUUCCUGGAGCCUUUCGAGAUCGAUGACCACCAGCAAGUCCACUGCCCCUACGACCAGCUGCAGAUCUAUGCCAACGGGAGGAGCCUGGGCGAGUUCUGCGGGAAGCAGAGGCCCGCUGAGCUUGACAGCAGCAGCAACGCCGUGGACCUGCUGUUCUUCACAGACGAGUCAGGGGACAGCCGGGGCUGGAAGCUGCACUAUACCUCUGAGAUCAUCAAGUGCCCCCAGCCCAAGACCCUAGAUGAGUUCACCAUCAUCCAGAACCUGCAGCCUCAAUACCAGUUCCGUGACUACUUCAUCGCCUCCUGCAAGCAAGGCUACCAGCUUGUGGAGGGGAAUCAGGUGCUGCUCUCCUUCACUGCUGUCUGCCAGGAUGAUGGCACAUGGCAUCGCGCCAUGCCCAGGUGCAAGAUCAGGGACUGUGGAGAGCCCCGAAGCCUGCCCAACGGGGACUUCAGUUAUACCACCACGAAGGGGGUGAACACCUACCAGGCCCGUAUUCAGUAUUACUGCCGGGAGCCGUAUUACAAGAUGCAGACCAGAGGGGGCACAAGAGAGUCCGAGCAGGGGAUGUAUACCUGCACAGCCCAGGGCAUUUGGAAGAAUGAAUGGGAAGGAGAGAAGAUCCCUCGGUGUUUGCCAGUGUGUGGGAAACCCGUCAACCCUGUGGAGCAGAAGCAGCGCAUCAUUGGAGGGCAAAAGGCCAACCUGGGCAACUUCCCCUGGCAGGCGUUCACCAACAUCCACGGGCGAGGCGGUGGAGCCCUGCUGGGCGACCGCUGGAUCCUCACAGCAGCCCACAUCCUCUACCCCAAGGAACAGGACACCAGAGGAAAUAACUCCAUGGAUGUGUUCCUGGGCCAUGUAAGCGUGGAAGAGAUCAUGAAACUAGCAAACCACCCUGUCCGCAGGGUCAGCAUCCACCCAGACUACCGCCAGGAUGAGUCCCACAACUUUGAGGGGGAUAUCGCUCUCCUGGAGCUGGAAAAUAGUGUCACCCUGGGCCCCAACCUGCUCCCCAUCUGCCUCCCCGACAAUGAGACCUUCUAUGACAGGGGCCUCAUGGGCUAUGUCAGUGGCUUUGGGAUAAUGGAGGACAAGCUUUCCAACGAUCUCAAGUUUGUCCGUCUCCCCAUCGCUAAGCGGGAGUCGUGUGAGAGCUGGCUCCGGAAGAAGAAUAGAAAAGAUGUGUUUUCUGAAAACAUGUUCUGUGCUGGGGACCCAACGCUAAAGCAGGACGCCUGCCAGGGGGACAGUGGAGGGGUCUUUGCAGUGAGGGACAGCAACAAUGAUCGCUGGGUGGCCACGGGCAUUGUAUCCUGGGGCAUCGGGUGCAGCAAGGGCUAUGGCUUCUACACCAAGUUACUCAGCUACGUGGACUGGAUCAAGAAGGAGAUGGAGGAGGAGGGCUGAACCCGGCAUUCGCUAGGCCAGAAUCCAGAGAGCAGUGUGGGAAAAGAAGAAAUUACCUGACCAGCUGUUGAUAACCACUAAAAAUCCAUAUUAAAAUCACUGAUGCAGAAUGA